AUGACCGAACGAUCCUCCAUCCCCCCAUCCCCCUCACCAUCACCCGACGCCGCCAACGACAACACCUUCCGGACGUGGUCCAACUUCUUCUCCAUCCUUACUGGCCGCGCAGACCAGACCACAAAGCAAUCAUACUUCCACGAACGCGACAUCCAGAACGAAGCAGCCGACAUUGCCCGCGCCGAAGAAGACGUCAAAUGGCUCUUCAAAGCGUCCCCCAUCAUAACCUUCCUCAAACACAACAUCGACAUCCUGGGCCCAGCCGAUGGCAGCGCAUCGAUAGGACCGCACAACGUGAGAUGUAGACGCUGCGACACCCAGCAAUCAGGCGGCUUCUCCCCCGAGCACGGAAUACUUCUUUGCGCAAACCAAUUCCGCAAUCGCGGACACUUGGAAGAUACGUUGGCGCACGAGAUGGUGCAUGCGUACGAUUACAUGAGGUUCAAGAUCGAUCCCUUGGACUUGAGACAUGCCGCGUGUAUGGAGAUUCGGGCGAGCACAUUGAGCGGGGAGUGUAGGUUUGGGAGGGAGUUCUUUACUCGAGCGCAGUUUGGCAUCACGCAGCAGUUGCAGGAGUGUGUGAGGAGAAGAGCGGCGAUCAGUGUGGCGAAUCGGCCUGCGUGUAAGGAUGAUGUGCAGGCAGUGAGGGUGGUGAAUGAGGUCUGGGACAGUUGCUUCAAUGAUACGAGGCCGUUUGAUGAGAUCUACAAGUGA